AUGUACUUCAGGGAGCUGCUGAAUAUUCAGAAGCUGGACUGCCCCCUGCUUGGGGCCAUCAUUGAGGAACUCACGGCCAAGCACGUGGCCUCCUCAUUUACCGCAAGACACCUUAAAGGCAUCAGGCUGAUUGCGCUCGGGCCGCUUGGCCACGCUGUCAUCGUGGAUGGUCUCGGUUACACAAAUGUCUUCCAGGAGUUCCAAACUUUUCUUCAUGGAUUCCAGAGGGGUGACUACCACAUUGACGUCUGCAUCAAUGACUACCUGGAUGUUUUCUGCCCUCACUAUGAGGACUCCGUCCCCGAAGAUAAGACUGAGCGUUACGUCCUCUACAUGGUGAACUUUGAUGGCUACAGUGCCUGCGACCACACUUCCAAAGGGUUCAAGAGAUGGGAAUGUAACCGGCCUCACUCUCCAAAUGGACCGCUGAAGUUCUCUGAAAAAUUCCAGCUCUUCACGCCCUUUUCCCUAGGAUUUGAGUUCAGGCCAGGCCGGGAAUAUUUCUACAUCUCAUCCGCAAUCCCAGAUCAUGGAAGAAGGUCCUGCCUAAAGCUCAAAGUCUUUGUGAGACCAACAAAUAGCUGUAUGAAAACUAUAGGUGUUCAUGAUCGUGUUUUCGAUGUUAACGACAAAGUAGAAAAUUCAUUAGAACCAGCAGAUGACACCGUCCAUGAGUCAGCCGAGCCAUCCCGCGGCGAGAACGCCGCACAAACACCAAGGAUACCCAGCCGCCUUUUGGCAAUCCUACUGUUCUUCCUGGCGAUGCUUUUGACAUUAUAGCACAGUCUCCUCGUGUCACCUGUCACAGAGAGCAUCGGGGUCUUGGAACACCAGAGAUCCACCUAACUACUCAUCCUAAGAAGGGACUUGUGAUUGGUUUUUGGCCGAUGUCAGAUUUUAAUUUUCUUUCUUUCAACUUGAAUUCUAAGCGACAACUUAGGGGGGAGGGGGCAAAACGAGUUGCCGCCUCCUUCCCCUUGCCCCACUCCCAGCCCUUGCCCAUGACGUCUCUCACUCCUUCCAAAUUAAACGGACUCCAGAUGAAAUUGCCAAA